AUGGCUUCUUCUUCCGCGUUCCACCGGCUGGUCCACCGGCUAGAGACCAAGGAGUACCGCGCCGCCCGCGCGAAGGAGCACAAUCAAUGGCUCGACAAUGAUGAUCUCCGGCCCGUCCCGGUCAAAGACCGCACCUACGGCUGGCAGGACUACUUCUGGUUCUGGCUGUCGGCCAACGCCACUCCGGCCUCUUUUUACGGCGUCAAUGCCGCCCUCGCGGCUGGUUUGAGCCUCUGGGAGGCCUUGGCCGUCCAGCUCGGUGGUCAGAUCAUGAUCGCGACCGUCUUCUGCUUCAAUGGCCGUGCUGGUGCCGUCUAUCACAUCCCGUACCCGUCGAUUGCUCGCGCCUCCUUCGGCGUGUGGGGCGCGUACUGGCCCGUCGUCAACCGGGUCGUCAUGACGCUUGUUUGGACCGGCGUCAACGCCGUGCAGGGCGGGCAGUGCGCCUAUGUCCUGCUCCACUCCUUGUUCCCGUCCAUUGCCCGAAUCCCGGAUGUCUUCCCUCCGGGCAUGUCCGCCCUGAACUCGGGAGGAAUGAUUGGCUUCAUGUUCUUCUGGGUCAUUACGACAUGCCUACUGCACAUCAAGAUCCCCAAGCUGAAGCCAUACAUGUACACGAAGCUUGUCCUAUUCUUUGCAUGUGCGAUUGCUCUUCUCGCAUGGGCGCUGGCUCAAGCCGGUGGCAUUGGUCCUGUCGCCCGGCAGGGUAGCACCAUCUCCGGGAGCACUAAGUCAUGGGCCGUUGCUCAAUAUGUUUUCAUCUAUUGUGCCAACGGUGCAACUUAUGCCACCAACGCGGCCGACUUCUUGCGUUACGCCAAGAAGCCCAAGGAUGCAUUUUGGCCCCAGUUGAUCGGCUUCCCGUUGUCGACCUUCAUCAUUGGUCUCAUCGGUAACCUGAUUGUGUCUAGCUCGGUGAUCACUCAGGGAGAGCUUGUCUGGAACCCUGUCGACUUGAUGGAUAUGAUGCUCACGAAGAACUACAGCUCUGGGACACGUGCUGGCGUCUUCUUCAUUUCACUGGGCUUCUUGAUCUCGUCCGUCAUCUCAUCCAUUUUUGAGAAUUCGAUCCCGGCUGGUAACGAUCUGGCUGCUCUGUGGCCAAGAUUCAUUACCAUCCGUCGCGGCUUCUACAUUGCUGCCGUAAUCUCGUAUGCUAUGUGCCCUUGGUACAUCCUGGGUUCAGCAUCAAGCUUUGUCGCUUGGCUUGCCUCGUACCAGAUCUUCCUAUCCUCCAUCACUGGUGUCCUGCUAUGCCAAUACUAUGUCGUUUCCCGCGGCCAAUUUAUUAUCCCUGACCUGUUCACCUCGGCGAAGUCUGGUGCCUACCAUUACUCUAAGGGUUGGAAUUAUCGUGCCUACAUUGCCUAUCUGAUUGGCAUCAUCCCCAACUUCUACGGCUUCCUUGGAGUGUUUGGUGUCGACAUCACAACCCCCGCGAGAAGAAUGUACUUCUUCGCGUAUCCCAUGGGGCUCGUGCUUAGCUUCUUCAGCUACUGGGCUCUCAACAUCAUUGAUCCUCCCAAGGCCUACCAGGUCCGCGGUGAAUGGAGGGAGCCUGCUGACUACUUUGAGACCGAUGUUGAAGAACAGAGGACUGUGGUCGAGGCUCUUGACACAGGAAGCAACGACGGAAAGACUGACGGCAAGGAGGGUGUGACCGAGAAGGACGGAGCGAGUACUUAA